CGCGCGGGGCCGCGGCACGGCGGCGGCGGCGGGGCUCAGGCUCGCGACCGCCGCGCCAGAGCCAGUGAUAGCAGCCUGCGCUCCAAUCAGAGGCACUCGCCGGCGCACCGCACACACCGCUGGAGCACGCCGAGCGCCAGCGAGACCGCGACGACCAGCAGGGAGAGGGCCUCGUUCGUCUGCGCCCGCGCCUGCUCGCGCCCACGCCCGCGUGGUCCAUGAGGUCGCCGUCGUCGGCCUCCCCGAGCGAGGCUCGUCCGCGACAGAAAUCGUCUAGCUGUCUUUGCCCGUGACCCGACCCGACCCGCCACUCCACGACACACCGCGGGGUGGGACUAUAGGUGUCGCCCUCUCAGACUCCACCCGGCUUCGCGAUGGUCCUGAGGCAGGUCCUCCUGGGCCUCGCUUUCGUCCAGUGCGGCGUGCAGGCGGGUCGCGGCCGCGGCUCCCCGUCCACCACCACCCCCGCGCCGCCGCCACUCCCCGGCCCCGUGGACCUGACCCUCGCCCUGGAGAGGAACGCGUCCUCGACCGACCACCCCUUCUCCGUCUCCAAGAACACCUCGGCUUGGGGAGAGUUCGGAUGGUCGUCGACGCAGUCCACGUGCAGCAGCGGCCAGGCCGGCACGCACAUUGAGGCGCCGUUCCACCUCAACGAGCGCGGCUGGAAGGUGGACGAGGUGCCGCUCGACAGGCUGCUCGUGUCCGCUGUGCUGCUGGACGUGUCCGCCGACGCGGCCCGCAACGCGAGCUUCGCCCUGUCGGCCGAGCACCUCGUCGCCUGGGAGAAGAAGCACGGCCUGCUGCCGCCCAACUCGGUGCUGCUCAUCAACUUCGGGUGGGGCGCUUCGGCGCGCGGGCGGCACGCCACGACGCCCGCGCCGCAGCCUGCCACCACCACGUCGCCAACGUACCACGCCCCAGUGCAAGGUCUGACCGCGGACGCGGCUUCCCACCUGGUGGCCCAGGCUCGCGUCGUCGGCGUUGGCGUGGACCUGCCCGCCCUGGACGCCAGCCCCUCCUCGACGACGGGCCGCGGUCGCGGCGAGCCUGCCGCGAGGACCCUCAUGGCAGCCAACAUCUACACCCUGCUCAACCUGGACCUCAGCCGAGAGCUUCCAGCCAAGGGCUUCUCCCUGCUGGUGAUGCCCUCCAAGGUCCGCGGCGCGGCCGUGGCAGCUGCGCGCGUGGUCGCCACCACCAGGUCGCCGUCGCCCUCCAGGUCCGCCGCCGACCCCACCGCCGGCUCCCUCGUGCUCUGCGUCACCGCCGCUGCGGCCCUGGGCGCGCACCGUGUCUUUGUAGUAUAGUAUUUGUGUAGUGGAGCUUUAGGGAGCGUAUUGUCGCUCAAAUCUUGAUUUUGUACCCGCCGCCCUAAGCAACGAACGGUUCUGUGUGAUGCUAAAUCCAAAUUGUGAAUAAAUGAACUGUGUGGGCAUUCCCUGA